AUGCGCGCGCGGGGGUCGACGCAGUCCGAGUUCCUCGUUCUGAAGGAGGAGGACGGCGAAACGAUUCUCCACAUCUCGCCAGCUGCAGUAAAACGGUUGACGCAGAUUUGGGUGAAACGCAGAGAGGUUGAGCUGCUGGCGUACGCCGCGGCCUCUCAAGUCGGCAAGGCGGCAGCCCAAGUCGACGCACAUCUCCACGGGACCCCGACCUCACUGGGUGUAUCUGCAUCUGGCGACGGCGCAGGCAAGCAGGAUUCCGAGUUCUUGCUGCGCGAGGGGCGCGUGAGGGAGGAGCUCUUCGGCGUGCUGCCUGGCGAGCGAGCCCAGCAGGCAGCAGAUCGGCAACGCAUUCGAGACACGGGGGGCGGGUCGGGUCACGCGUUUUCCACAGAGGCUGCGGAAGGAUUGGAACGGAAGAAUGCGGCGCGGAGUGGAAUCCACGACACCAAGUUAGGACUCCUCGUUCGCGUAGUCAGUGGAGGUUGCUCGGGGUACCAAUAUUGCUUCGAUUUAGUCGGCCAGAAAGCGCUCGGCGAGUUUCGACAGGCGGGCACACACCUGUUUUUCUGGCUGUCCUCGACGCCUGAAGGUUCCACUGCAGGAGGGGGGAAAAAUCUGCCCGGAACGGUUUCUGCAGCUGCAAGUCGAGAGAGGAGGUGGUGCGUCGUGGUGGACCAGUGCAGCGUCCCGUUGCUGGAAAAUUCAGUCGUGGACUACUCCGACACUCUCACAGCUUCUGAGUUUCGCAUUGUUCAGAAUGAACAAGCAGAGAACGUCUGCAGCUGCGGGCACUCCUUCGCCAUCAAAGACGACUUUUAG